CCUGCUUGACUACACAUUGGUCUACAGCAUCUGUAGAUAAGGAGAUAAGAAAGAAAGAAAGUCGGCGGACGUGCUGCGUUGGAAAUUGCGCUCGAAACGUCUUUAUUGUGGCCGUGGCUUACGACACGCGUCCCGAACUUCGACGUGAGAACAGCGUGGGACUGCCGUCAGUUCCAGACUGAGCACCACUUAUUAAGCUGCAACGAAGUUCGCUUAUUCCUGUUUUCCUUUUUUUGUUCUCUUUUAUUGCCUCACCCCGUGGCCAUCGAAGUCGUCAUCACGAACGUCCGCGAACGCAACCCAAGUUUCCGUCUUGAGAGAAGCCGCCCUCCACCUUGUACCUACGUCCCUCUCAUCCGGGCCCUAUGCGUGCGCCCCGUGUUUUCGACGUCCUACUUGCUUACUUCCUGAUCGUAUUUCGCGCUCCCGCAUUCGUCAUCGCUUAAGCAGCGUGCGUAUCUUAGGUAACGGCCGCCGCGGAACGCGCAUACAACGCCUGCAUUGUUGAGGACGCGAAUAUACGGGCAGAGCGACGUUGCAUUCCGUGCGACGCAACCGCGAAGGCGAUGUCCGCGCCCUCCGGUGGGAAAUCCGCGUGCGUGUUUUUUUUUUUUUUUCACUUACGCGCGUUUUUGAGAGGACAAAAAAAAAACGAGCGAAAAAAGAAAGAAAGCAACUUCGGAAGGGCGCGAACUCUGGCGGCGAGUUUGAGAAUGAAACGAGGCACCGAGCCGAGUGUUGGCGGCGGAGAAGUGGUGAGAGGAAUCAGCAGACAACGCAGAAAGCGAAAGUCCUUUUUUAGAAAGGGUAAAUAAAAUAUUAUAAAAAAAGAGAAAUGAGAGGGAAGAGAUAGAGAAUGCGGUGGUGGCGGCGGCGCCGUCUGUCUUCUGCUUUCGCAGCAGUUAUUCCUCUUGCUCUCGCUCACGGAUGCCCUCUUCUCUCCUCCCCCUCGCGUUUCCUUCUUUCGAGAGCGGCGGGGAAUCCUCCUCCAUACUACGCCACUUGCAUCCUUCUACAGCUCCCUCUCCCUCCUCUCCUUUCGGCCACCAGCAGCAGCAGCAGCAGCAGCACAAGCGGAGUCAAUGGUCUGCGUCAUUUCCGGUAUGCGUAUACAUACGUCGUCGGCGCUCACACGCGCUGCUGCUGUUGCUGCCGCUUCCGCGCCAUAUCUACCAGGCUGCUGCUUGUGGAGGAAAGGGCGAAGCUGAUCGUAUCUCCUCCAGUUGUCUUUUCUCUUUCCCAUUUCGCUUCUUUCCCUUAUGUCCCCUUCCCGAGCUCUGGGAUCCUCCUUUGGUGCAUUCAGAUGCUCGGACAGGCAGUAGUUGGAUUCGGGUGUGGGGCGGGUGUGCUUUCGCUGUCUUCAACUUUCGCCCGCGCGCGUGUGUGUGUGUGCAGAUCUCCAGUCGCAUGUGCGAACGAGCGCUGUGCGUGUGUCUCUCCUGGAAACAAGCCCGAGGAAUGCGCAGGAAUGCGUACGUGUGUAUCUUCUUAUUUUUCCCCCUUACCUUUUAACAGACGUUUCGUCUCCGCCUCCCGCUGGCCCCUGUACGAAUUUCUCCAUUACUUAUACUCCGCCGUGAAUUUUUCAGCACGUUGUACGCCCUCUGCGCCAGACUUUCGCCCCGUGUCCGCUGCGGUGCCGAAGCUAGCCCACGCAUACACCGUAGCCAUUACAACCAACAUCACCCCCACCAGUCCCACCGUCUGUCCUGUUGUUCCAUCGAUUUCUUUUCCUUUUUCCUUUUCUAAUUUUCAUUUCUACUGGCACGUGUUCGGCAGUUGUUGUCGCAAGCCGUCUGAAACUCCGCGAACUGUUUUACACGCCGGGGCUUUUCUAAGACAGUAGCUAGCGCGCAGCGACAGGCUGCCCGAGGACCCUCCUUUUUUUCUUUCUACCACGCCGCGAUGUUUCGACAAAGUUUCAAGCGGUGCGCAAGUCAGUAUUGCGGGAGAGUGAUGUGCACGGCGGCCCUGCCGAAGGACGCGACGCCAGAGGCGAACUUUGCGGAGCGCGUCCACUUAGCGCGUCGGGCCCACCGAGCUCGCGGUCGUACGCGGGUGUACGUGCGUGACGUCGCGCUUUCGGCCCGCCCGGCCGUGAGUCGGCCACCCCCUCACGCUGCCGGGCCGCCGUCUUCCUCCUCUUCCCACUGGGCCCCCCUCGACUUUUCUCCAACACUCGCGCACACAGACACACACACACACUCUCUCUCUCACCACAGAAGCGGCACUCGUUCGUCGUCGUGCUCGCGUUACUCUUCCCCUCGCUUGGGCGAGAGUGAAUUCUCUCCCUCCUGCACGGCGUUAGCUUCGCUUCGCGUCGCGAGAACUCGUGCAUGGCAGAGUGGUGGUGACGUUCGAGGGAGAAACGGGCGAGUCGCGAGGCGAGGACGACGACGACGACGACGACCUCGCGCCCGCCGCAGCCGUCGCGUGCGUAGUUGUGGGGAAAAAAAAAAAGCAUCGGCGGCGCCGCUCUGUCGUCGUGAGUGUAGUGUGUGCGCCGUUGCGCCCCGCCGCCUCGGUCGAGGAGCUGGCGGCUACGUGUGCUUUCCUGUAGCCGCGAAGCCACGUCUUCGCCUCUUCACGCCUCCUUUUUCUUGCCCUGGCAGCCAGGUAUGUAUGUUCGUACCCCGCUGUUCCCUGGAGGAACUUUUGGUCGUUGGCUGGCCGUCGCGUCGACGUGGUUCCCCUUCUUCCGUAGUACGGCGCUACGCCCCGUCGCCUCUGGACUCUACUGGAUUGGACUGGACGUGUCAUCGCAACCUCCGCGUCUGGAGUCGGGAUCGUCGGUACGUCUGCUGUUCGUUUCGCUCGUUUAUUGGAACACCUUUUUAGAAGAGACGUCGUAGUCCGCUUGCGAGGGCGGCCGUGUAGACUCGGCUGUGUCCUUUCGCUCGCGCCAGUGGACGAUGUCUGGUCGAACCUGACUCGUUAUAAAAAAAGGAAAGUUAUAUAGACGAAUGAACUUUAGGCGGCAGUCGGUGGCGUACGUCGUCUUUGUCCUGACCGCCGCUUGCAGGACCCGGAAUUCCUUUACGUGGUAACUGACCGAUAUCUACACGUCUGCCUUGACGCCACUUCUCGAACGUUCCAGAAAGCGGAACUUGCACGCCCCCUAUGAAAGAAACGAAAGGAAGGGAUGCCCUUCGUCGUCUUGUGGCGUCAGCUUGGGAAGAAACGCUUAUCGCCGCUGCGAGUGUUGAAUGGAGGUUGGGGAGGGGGGGGGGGGCAGGGGAGGUCCUUAGGAGGCGGUGCUGUCGACGUCGACAAGCGAGAGAAGACCUUCGUUUUGUCUUGCGCUCAGAAGGGACACACAAGUCUCGUGGACCUGCCAUCCGGGACUCCCAAGAGUGCGUGUGUCGGUGGAGGGGGGCUGCUGGACCGCAGCACGUGUCUUCCCGUAGUGCUUGACUAAAGCAAGGUACUAGCGGGUACGUCCGACUUAUAGGUUCCUCAAGGUCCCUCCUUCGAUAGAACAACAUAGAAGUUGUAAUCGGACAGUCCUUCUUUUUUUUUUUUUUUUGCCUUCCCUUCCGCGUCUUGGUGAAUUCAACUCCCAAGACGUGAUCCGUCGUCGACGCACAAGACGAACUCCGAAGUGUUUCGCAGAGCAGCCGGCAAAGCGACGCCGCAGCGGUGGAACGCACGCCAAAUACGCUCCGCCCGCACAACCCCAUCCAAGGCUUUUCUUCCUCUUUAUUCUCACUACGCUUACUCUUUCCAUCUCGGCGUAUAGAGAGGACUUGGCACCGAGCUCGCCUUCGCGAAAACACCUCCUUCGUCGUCCCAAGAUCUGCGUAUUAGCGGCGGCCAGACCUUCGGCAGCUCACCUACUAGGAGGCCCUGCCGCCAAUGCUUCGCCGAAAGGAGCACCGCAUCGCAUCCGAGACAAAACUGGUUUUCACAAUGAUCGUCCAGAUAGUGUUUCAUGUCUGAGAUCAUUGUGAAAGCUGAUUUUGUUGACCGUUUCGCCGUGGGACGGACUGCGGGACGGCUGCCGCCUACAUCGCAGCUCGGAGGACAUCGCACGGAGUUGACAGAAAAAAAAAAAAAGGUAUCUACGCUCGCAUACCGCGGCUGCAUUCCCAGCUACGACGAACGCCGGAUCGUGGAGCUCCCGAUCAUCUUCCGGCAACUUGCGGCCAACAGAAAUGUGGAAGAGCCUGAGGACAAGACACAUAGGGGGCAAAAAAAAAAAAAGGGAAACUAGAGCGCUGUAGUUGUCUUCUCUUCUCAGUGACGUCUUCACGGCCUCUUAACCGUUACUUUUUUAAGACACGACUGACUCGUUUGACGCAAAUCGGUUCUUCGAACGUGCCGCUUCUUCACGGAACAAUCCUCCAUCCCAUUACGCGCCUCGCAGGGAAACGCGACAGUUGCUCAACCGCGACGCGUAUUGUGAACAGCACUCAAGAGCAAAGCUGUUGCCACUCACCGCAUGUGCUCGCUGCAUACGACUAGCGAAGUUCCCGUCAAAGAACCUCAUGCGUCAUCUAACCGGCAAGAAAAACAGCGCUGAAUUAGUUGGAAGAGGAAGCUUUAGCUCGGGCCCAGCUCCGACGCGGCCUAUUCAAAUGCAUGUAAAACGCAAGAACGCUUCCCUGAGGUAACCCCUGCACCGAUUUUCAUUAAAUUUGUUGCAUUUGAGUGAGAAAGAUAAAUUCUAGUGACUGUUGGAAGCGAAAUUUCGAUUUAGGGCCUGAAUUUCGUGCAAAGAAUUUUCAAAAAUUCGGUAGUUCGAAAAAGAAAAUAGACCCGCGAAGUUUGCAAAUUAAUAGCUCUGCAUCAAGAACAGCUAUCGCGUUUCUGUAAACGGCAUCCAUUUCAUCGUUCAAAGCGGACAAAUUCAACAUGACAAUUUCUAUAUUACGUCAAUUUGUUACGUUGUGCACGUGGGUUCUGUAAAAGCUGUAUUUACACAUUACCAAAUUUUUGAAAUUCGUGUGUAUCAUAUCAAUGUUGUCUGCUUUAAGAGUGCUAUGAGAUGCAAUUCACAUAAUUGUGAUAUCAUCUUUCGUUGCUCAGUUGCAGAGUUGUAAGCUUGAUCGUUUCGUUUUCUGAAAAUUUUCGAUUUUUGCCAAUUUUUAAUAAAACAUUGACGAUCUAAAUAAAAAAUUCGAAACCAACAGUCACUAGAUUUUAAGCUUUUCUUCGAAAUGCAACAAACCUCACCAAAUUUGGUGCAUGUGGCUGCCGAGAAAAACGAAUUCUCCCUUUACAUGUAUUAAGAUAGGAACACCCGAGCUAAAGCUUCCUCUUAAUUGGAAGUUAUUGCUUGUGUUUCUCUCACGGCCUCUGUGUCCGUGUACUUGCUGCGCUCUGGAAGUAACGGAGCACAAAGCGAGCCCGAUAUUUGAAUAGUCAUGAAGCGAAAUAGCGCAGGCACGGUACGGCAAUACAUGUUUAGGGCUAUUGCACUUCUAAACUGAAGUAGGUCACCGGAGAAUCGAUCUGCUCUCGCUGUGUGCCACAGGAACAGUGAAAGCGAUCGCAAAUAUGUUUGCAAGUAUGUGACACUGAAAUGUGCACUAGCGCGCGGCCGCCGAUCUUCACAGCUUGAGCCACUAGCUCGGCAUCAGCGUUCCUUGCUCGUUCGAAGGGUACUACUAGACCAUCUGCCGUACUACUGGAACGUGAGCCAACCUAGAGUGAUCCGCAGAAUUCUUUUUUAUUUUUUUUUCCGUCGGUACAGCCUUCGCUCCAAACGGAAAGCAUGCAGGCUAGGUGCACACACCUCAUUUUUUAUGAAGAAAGUAACAACGAAUUUUCAAGAACCCUCUGACAUUCCCUGCUUCGUUGGCCUGGAAUGAGGAGACCUCCAAUCCAGAGUAGAACCGUGGUUUACCCCGGGAUGCUGUUUCGAAAAUAAACGUUUAUUCCUCCUCCUC